UGUAGUUUGAUCAACACCUUUACAAACGACAGACACAAUGGAGAAGAUCAUGUUCUUUUGUGCUGUUUCAUACAGAAUAAUUCAGAUCACUUCCAGCGAUGUUUCAGAACAUGAUGUGAGUAUUUUACGAGUCCGGCUGAAUGAAAGCAUCACUCUGAACUGCAGCAUGACAGACAGAUAUGAAAUCUCCUGGUAUCACCAAAAUCCUGAUUCUGGACGACUAACACUACUGAUGUCUGCCAAGACCAGCAGUGUAGCGGGAAGAAAACUGCUAGUUAGGUUCAAUCAAAACUGUCGUCUGACAGUUCAUGCAGAUGUGGAGAUCAACACAGUCUCUCUAGUUAUUUCUGGACUAACAGAGUCAGACUCUGGUCUUUAUUUCUGUGGAACUAAAUCAGUGGAAAUGCACUUCAACAAACCAAUCAGACUACAGAUUGAGGACAAGCCGACAGACAGAGAGGACAAAGUUCAGUCCGUCACAGAUCCGCCGGAGGAUGAUGAGAUCACAGAUGGAGUGACUCUGACGGAGCGUGUGCUGAUGUUCGGUGGUGUUGGUCUGGCUGUGUUGGUGUUUUUUGUAGCUACAGUCCUUGCAGGAGGAAUCAUUCACUAUAACGGCUGGCAGAAAGGAUGGAUCGCAGCCAAACGCUCAUCUCUGAUUCACCACAAAUCACUUAAAUAACAUAUUUGUUUGUUUUAUUUUUCACUCUAUCGCAUUAAUCAGCAUUGCUCUUACAGCCGAUGGUGGCUCACCAGUGUGCUUCAGAUGUGGAUCUGUUGGCCAGAUCUCACUUAGACUUCUGUUGUGGCAAGAAGAGCAUUAUUGUGUACAUAUAAACUGAAUUCAAGAGAAAUUAUACAUGCUGUUUGUUUUUUAAAGCACAUAAAGCUUGAUUAAAUAAAAAUGUUUUUCAACAUUAAA